CGCGCAAUACAAUUUCUUGAGGAAGAAUGGGAAAAAAUCCGGUAAUUUUAACCAUUAUAGAUCAUAUAUAUUACCGGAAACCCACAUACCUUUUCAACCCAAGCACAUUUCAGUGAUCCAUAUAAAGUUGUUUCCGCGUAUUAAAUUGUCACAACUUUAAAAAAAAUAUGAUCACGGAUUUAGUGUUUAUAGAUAUGCCGUAAAUAAAAGAUUUAUUCAAUGCACCGCGAUUAAAAUACUAUAAUUUAUCUAUUGGUUUAUUUGCUGUUUGUAUUGGAGCUAAUGUGUAUGGCAGUUUUACGGGGGAUUAAGAGUUCAGAUCUGCCCUCUGGUCACUAACAAUUAUAUAUAUUUACAACAUGUUUAGAUGUGUUUAUAUUUCGAUAAGUAAGUAGAAUUUCAAUACAUUUGUGUCAAUAUACGUCAUUGUGGGGACAUAUUUGGAGGAUAAAAAGUUGGAAGUUUAUGCCAGGUUACCAGGAUUGAGAAUGGCGCUGAGACGCUUGACAAAUGAUGACAAGACCUUGCCGGAAACAGUGGACGACGAUGAUACAAAUUUGUCAUUUCACCAGAAGUUGAUGAAAAACGCCAGGAAAAAUGCCAAAGAAGGAAAAAGAUCGUUUAAGAUGAUCGUGUUUAUCAUGAUAUUCCAAUCAACAACAGAACUAUAUGCUUUUAUGCAUUAUAUAAUUCCGUACAUGUUCCAAGAUUACAGUCCAUGGACAAGAUACUACAUGAAUGUCCUUAUUUGGUAUGUAGUGAUGAAUAUGCUGGCUAACUGGUUUUGUGUAAUGCUAUAUAGCGCAGCAUAUCCAAAGACCAAAGACAAUCCGUAUCUUCGCAUGGAACAACAUGACACAAAUCUUCCCGAUCAUUUUGCAGCACGUAUUGAACAAGCUUCAAGUCAAAGUGGAGCUAAUGGUCACUGUGUAUAUGAUAUGACAACAAAAGAAGGCCUUCCUUGGAAUUUCUGUGACAAAUGUUCAAUGCACGUGCCAUUUCGUACACAUCAUUGUGACAGUUGUAAGGCGUGUAUUCUGAAAAGAGACCAUCACUGUUACUUGGUCGGAACUUGUAUUGGUUUCAAAAAUCAAAGAUACUGGAUAAUCUUAACAUUUUAUGUAACAAUUAAUUGUAUUAUUUGUGGUAUAUUUGUUUUCAAAUAUGUUUGUAAUGUUGUCUGGCCUGAAUUAACUUCAUGGUCAGAUUUACUAUUGCCAUUGACAAUAUGGCGUACAAUAUUUCGCAACAUUUCGGCUUUACAUUGUAUUUUGAUCAUGCAGUUGUAUAUUGAUCUGUUUUUUAGUGUUCUAGCAUUUGUUUACUUUAAUUCACAAAUGGUGAUAACUUUGGAAGGAAAGACACUGUUCGAAGUGGCUAAGAAAGUUCCAAUUAAAAAUACUAAUAGUUUCAACACAAAUAUGAAAUCUGUGUUUGGAGACUUUUGGGGUUUGAACUUCCUAUUUCCGAUGACACUGGUAUUCCGGCAGAGAGAUGACGGUAUUCACUGGGAUGGUAUAAAAAUUGAUCACAAUGCAAAUGAAAAAGACUGCUGAUUUGAAAAAAAAAAUUUGGUAAAACAACAUUUUUUUACAUGUUCUAAAUGUAUACUUGCUAAAGAUAAUAAAAAUUAUGUAUCUUA